AAGAUGUGACUUGUCGGGUUGAUGGGCUGAGCUUACAGUAAUUGGGCGGGCGGCCAGCUUUGGAAGCCAUCACGACGUUUGUAAGUGGCGGGGUUACUGUUGGUAGUUGUUACGGUAAUAGAGAUAGUUGGGACGCAGUAGAUACUCGGUAUAUUUCUCGAGAUAAGCUUCUUAACUUGGGUUAUUGAUGCCCAGGUCACGUUCGACACUUUUGUCCGUUGUUCGUCAAGGUGUCGUGGCAGGUGGGAUGGAGGGACAAUCCGACGUCAUUUGUGGCGGUGGAAUGUGGCUUGUUGCCGUGUUUCCUCACCCAAGUUCCCCAGCACUCCUUGUCGCAGACCCACUUCCUGCAAGCCAGGGUGGCCCACUCGCCCCUCCAUCUCUUGGUGUCUCGGUCGAUCUGCGCUGGCAGACUGCCCGUGGAGACGUCCUGCAAGCUUCAACUCAAUUCAGGGGUCCUGUUCCUCUGGAUAUGCACCUUUUUUCUCCCGAUACGCAAGGGUAUUUUCGAUGGCUUGGUGGCUGGAUUCAAUCAUUCCUCCAGGCGUUUAUCGUGUCACCACUUCAUUGGGGUGAUUCGAUGGGUUUGCCGCUUUGGGCCUGUUUCAGGGCGCCUCCAUGCCCUCCGACCGACCGCAGUGGACCUCCAACUAACGGCGGCGGCCUAGUGGCAGUCGCUCACUUGAUAUGUGUCACUGCUGCCCAAUGCCCAAUCGUCACACUACCCCCCGUUAACCUCAGAUGGAAGGCACGCUCCCUACUUCGUACCCACGCGGGCUUUGAAGCCUGACAAUUGUGAGUCCACCCAAACUGGUACUGAGGCGUGCCAUUCUUCCCAUGUUGGGUUGGUGCCUGCUUGUGUGUCAACUUGGCGUGGAAGUCCCCCCCCUCCAUUCAACAAAAUUAGCCUGGCCCGGCCGCCCCUCCUCAUUUCCAACCACGCCCGCCACGGUCUCUUAAAUAUCGAACCUCCUUCGUUUCGGAUUCAUCUUUACAUCUAUCAACUGCUUUGGACGCAUCCUCGCCUUGUCAUCGCAUGCUCUCGAUCCCACCGCUAUCCCUCGCCCUCGCCUCCCUCUUUGCUUCCAAUUUCCGUCUUUGAGGGCUUAAUUUGGCUUCCUUUGCCCCGCCAUU